AUGGAAAAUUUGCUCGUAAUAACAGGAUCAAAAAUUCUUGCCUCAGGCUUUGAUGAACCAUCUGAUGCCACAAUUGAAAUUGAUAAAGUGACAGGGAAAAUAUUGAGAAUCCAUCCAAUUAGAUCAUCAAUUGACUCGUAUUCUUCUUUCUUGGUGGGGGAUGAUAAGAAGAAAGAUUUCAUUGAUGCUGGUAAUGAUGUUGUUAUGCCAGGUUUAAUUGAUACUCAUGUUCAUUUGAAUGAACCCGGCAGAACUGAUUGGGAAGGAUUUGAAACUGGCACUAAAGCUGCAGCUGCAGGUGGAGUGACAACCGUUAUAGACAUGCCAUUAAAUUCCAUACCACCAACUACAACUGUUGAUAACUUGAAUCAAAAGAUUAACGUUACCAAGAAUAAAAGUUGGGUUGAUAUUGGAUUUUAUGGUGGUGUAAUUCCUGGAAAUCAGUCUGGCGUAAAAGGAUUUAAAUGUUUUCUAAUUGAAAGUGGCGUCGAUGAAUUUCCUUGUGUUAAUGAACAAGAUGUAAGAAUGGCAUUUGAAACACUAAAGACAUGCUUUCAUUAUCUUUGUUUAUCCGCAGAAGAAAUCCCUGCUGGCAGAACUGAAUUUAAGUGUUGUCCACCUAUUAGAGACGAUAAAAAUCGAGACAAGCUUUGGAAAGCAUUGAUAGAUGGGGUAAUUGAUUGCAUCGUGUCAGAUCAUUCACCUUGUACUAGUAAUUUAAAGGAAGGAGGUUUUGGAAAAGCUUGGGGUGGUAUUUCAACAUUACAGUUUGGUUUACCAGUAUUAUGGACUGAAGCCAAAAGAAGAAACCUUUCCAGUUUUAAUAAUCUUGUAAAUUGGUUAUCAAGAAAUCCAGCAAAACUAGUUGGAUUAAAUGAUAGAAAAGGCGAAAUUAAGGUUGGGUAUGAUGCUGACAUUAUUAUCUGGAAUCCAGAAGAAUCCUUCAAAAUAACAGAGGAUUCGAUAGAAUUUAAAAAUAAAGUGACGCCAUAUUUAGGAAAAGAAUUUUAUGGGGUGGUUAAGAAAACAAUCCUAAGAGGAAAGAUUAUUUAUGAUGAUAAUGAGAUUACUGAUAUACCUUUAGGUAAAUUGUUACUUUAA